GGCCUGCCAUCGUAGGGUGCAAUAGUAAAGUGCAUGCCUCGGGAUCAUCCUUCCCGCAUGAUUCUCGAUCUAGCCUCCUUGGGGCAAAUCGGGUUAGUUAUUCCGCAGGAACAACCGGCGUAUCAACCCUCCAAUCCUGAAUAUCAUCCUUCUGCUCCUCCCCUCACCACAGCCCUGGAGAUUGGAGAACCCUGAUACGAGGCGUCCGCAUCGGCAGGUGCUCAGACAUCGUUACCCCUCCCCCUCCU